AGACCCCAUCUCAUUAAUUGACUCUUUAGUCUCCACCAUUCAUUUCCACACAGCACAUUGAUUAUAUAUAUACUCUUAAGAUUGGGUUCUUCAACAUCUCAACUCCUCACAACUUCAAGUACUAGUACUUUAACAGCUCUCUCUUUGAUUACAUUUUCUUCUUUCUUCUACCUUUAGAAACUUCAGCAAUCAUGGGUUUUCGUUUUCCCGGUGUAGUUCAUGCCAAGCAACUUAUUCAGAAGCCUUUUUCUAGUGCAAAAGAUGUUCCAAAAGGGUAUUUGGCAGUUUAUGUUGGGAAGAACAAAAUGACAAGAUUUGUGAUCCCUAUAUCAUACUUGAACCAUUCUUCAUUCCAAGAAUUGCUAUGUCAAGCUGAAGAAGAAUUCGGAUUUGAUCAUCCAAUGGGUGCUCUAACAAUUCCCUGCAGUGAAGAUGUUUUCAUCAAUCUUGUUUCAAGCUUAAAUGUUUGAUAAAUGAUGAUGAUGAGUAUAGAUAGAUGCUAAUACAUAACCACUAACAAAAAUGAUUGUUAUUUGUAACAAUUUUGUAUAGCAAAGAAUGUCAAUACCAUUACCAUGUAAAUAUUUUUCCUUAGGGACUGAAGUUAAAAUGUCCCUAAGAAUGAUACAAAUGAAACUACUUAAAGCUUUUCCUCAA